AUGAUAGCCACGCAACCCGUCAUCACCCACAAGGCAUACAUUGCCUUGGGGAGCAACCUGGGCGAUCGCAUUGGAAUGAUAGAGCGAGCUUGCUCGGAAAUGAACCGGGCUGGGAUCAAGGUCAAGAGAACAAGCUCCCUCUUCGAGACGGCACCUAUGUAUGUGCUUGACCAAGAGCCUUUUCUCAAUGCUGCCUGUGAGGUAGAAACAACUCUCGAUCCGAUUGAAUUAUUGGAUACUCUGCAAGCUAUUGAAAAUGGCCUGGGGAGACAUAAGACCAUCGAUAAAGGGCCGCGUAAUAUUGACCUUGAUAUUUUACUCUAUGACAAUGAAACGGUAUCUCAUCCUCGAUUGAAUAUCCCACAUAAACUGAUGUUGGAGAGAGAAUUUGUCCUUCGACCACUCUGCCAGCUGAUUCCACAUGAGAGAGUUCCCUUACCAGGAAUGAAUCUCACCUACUUAUCUGCUCUCCGUUCCUUGCCGCCAUCGGAGACAGUACCAGUCGUCACCAGCCCGUUAUCACCUCACAUCCCACCACUGACACCAACCGACCCCAAAAAGAAAACCAUCGUCAUGGCCAUUCUAAACGUAACUCCCGACUCCUUCUCUGAUGGGGGGAAACACUACUACACCCGCGAGACUUUCAAUCCGCACCACCUAACCACCACAAUCCGCGAGUUCAUCGCCGCUGGCGCAACCAUCAUCGACGUCGGCGGCGAGAGCACACGCCCCAACGCGACGAAGCUCAGCGAAGAAGAAGAACUGGCGCGCGUGAUCCCCGUCAUCGAGCAUAUCCGAACGCUCCCCGAAGCCGCCCACGUAGCCAUCAGCAUCGACACGUAUCGCGCACGAGUAGCAGAACUAGCCUGCCGUGCCGGCGCCGACAUCAUCAAUGAUGUAUCAGCCGGCACCCUCGACGCAGCAAUGUUAGACACAAUGGCCUCAAGCGGCAAAUCCGUGAUUCUGAUGCACAUGCGCGGCGAUCCAUCGACAAUGACAAAACUAACCUCCUACCCCAACGGCAUUAUGCAAGACGUCAGCACUGAACUUCUCGCUCAAGUGCAUGCGGCCGAAGAAGCGGGCAUUCCGCGCUGGCGCAUCAUUCUCGAUCCCGGUCUUGGGUUCGCCAAAACGCGGGAUCAGAAUCUCGCGUUGCUAAGGGGUCUGGGCGAGAUGGCUGAUGGUCAGGUGAAUGAAGCACUAGGCAAUUUCCCCUGGCUGGUGGGCACUAGUCGGAAGGCGUAUAUUGGUCAUGUUACGGGCGUUGAGAAGGCGGAUGAGAGGGUAUGGGGCACGGCGGCGGCUGUUACGGCGAGUGUUGCCAAUGGGGCUGAUAUCGUGAGGGUUCAUGAUGUGAAGGAGAUGGGCCAGGUUGUUAGGAUGGCGGAUGCUAUUUACCGGGUUUAG